ACGUCAAGUGUGCCAACUGUCGUAAAAGCAGACGGAAGAAGGACAAAGAAGUGAAGGCGGGCGCUAAUAAGUCAGUGUUGUUAUCUGUUCGCUAUGAUGUCAAUAUUUAUGUUGUAAAGAGACAUAUUUGAUUAUUUAUUUCAGAUUAGAACGUCUCGGUCCGCGAGAAUGUUUGCGUUGCUUAGCUAGUCAGGACUGUAAAGCUGAGAAGCGUCACGUGCUAGUUAGCUUGGCUUGUUAGCUUAGCGUGUUAGCUGCUAACAAAGAGUGAAGUGAAGUGAAUUAUAUUUAUAUAGCGCUUUUUCUCUAGUGACUCAAAGCGCUCUACAUAGUGAAACCCAAUAUCUAAGUUACAUUUAAACAACAUCGCUAAGUAGACAUCAAAUGUGAGUGUAAAAUGUUGUGAUUGUGUGAAAAUGUGCCAAAGAACCAUAGCAAAAUUACGAGGAGGAACUUUCUAGAACAAAAGAGGAGGACAAUCAACUACUGGACGCUGUUUCCAAGAAACAUCAAGUUGUGUUACACAGAACAGACCUCCAGCAGCCCCCCCACAUUAAAGAGGAAGAGGAGGAUCCACAGCCCCCCCACAUGAAAGAGGAAGAGGAGGAAGUGUGGAUGAGUCAGGAGGGAGAGUGUCUUCUAGGGCAGGAGGAGGCUGAUGUCAGCAAGUUUCCACUGACUGUUGUCUCUGUGAAGACUGAAGAGCAUGAAGACAAAGCAGCUGAGUCCUCACAGCUUCAUCACAGUCCAAACGUCGAAGAAGAACCUCUACCUCAUAAGCAGGAGGAGGAACCACAGUUCCCCAACAUACACGAGGAAGAAGAGGUACCACAUUCCCAACACAUCAAAGAGGAAAGAGAGGAGCCACAGCCCCCCCACAUUAAAGAGGAAGACGAGACGCCACAGACCCACCGUGUUAAGCUGACCCUUCACAUUAAAGGGCAAGCGGAGGACCCACUGAUCUUACACAUCAAAAAGGAAGAGGACCCACUGACCCCUCACUUUAAGGAGCAAGAGAACCCGCUGACCCCUCACAUUAAAGAGGAAGAGGAGGAGCAAGAGGCGGUGCACAUUAAAGAGGAAGAGGAGGAAGAGGGCAUCAGUCAGCCUAAAUGGUUGGAGGAGUUCCCAGUGACUGGUGUCCCUGUGAAGAGUGAAGAUGAUGAGGUGAAAGGUGAAAGUGAGGAGAGGGGAGGGGGGGAGCCUCCAAGCAGCAGCUCAACACAACACAUGACAACAGAAGCUGAUGGAGACCACUGUGGAGGAUCACAAGCAGACCAGCUCUUAGCUCCACUAUCAGAUAGUGAGGACACAACCUCACACUCUCCUCACACUGAUGAUGAAGACUCUAAAGAUGAUGCAACAUGUCACACUGACAACACUCACUUCACAUGUUCUACCUGUCACAAAACUUUUAAAUACCAUAGUCGUCUAAAAACACACAUAAGAACACACACCGGAGAAAAACCUUAUAUCUGUUCAAUCUGUGAUAAAGGUUUUACAGAAAGUCAACAUUUGAAAGUACACAUGAAAAGACACGCUGGUGAAAAAUCACAUUCCUGUUCAAUCUGUAGCAAAUAUUUUGUAGAAAAUCAAGAUUUGAAAGUACACAAGAGAACACACACGGGUGAAAAACCUUUUUCUUGUUCUACCUGUGGUAAAGGUUUUACAGACAGUCCGACUUUGAAAAGACACAAGAGAAUACACACUGGUGAAAAACCUUUUUCCUGUUCAAUCUGCAACAGAAGCUUUUGUGAACGAUCAAAACUUGCAAGACACAUGAGAACACACACUGGUGAAAAACCUUAUCCCUGUUCAACCUGUGGUAAAGGUUUUACACAAAGUCAACAUUUGAAAAGACACAUGAGAACACACACUGGGGAAAAAUCACAUUCCUGUUCAAUCUGCGACAGAAGCUUUUGUGAGCGAUCAAAGCUUGUAGCACACAUGAGAACACACACAGGUGAGAAAGUGUGGAGUUGCAGUGUGUGUGGUGAAAGAUUGUCUUCUAAGUACCAGUGUAAGAAACACAAGUGUGCUGGUGAGAACAGCAGCAGCAAAUGAAACUGCAGGAUUUGAAAUAAACUGUCCAGACUUUCAUUUGGACUUUCUAACAACAUCAGCACAUAUAACAUGUGUGACAUUGUUGUUGUUUGUCUAACAAUCUGUUUAAUAUGCUUCUGCAUUUAUAGCUGAGAUAUUUUAUUACAUUGUUUUUUUUCAGUCAAAUACAUGCAUCAAUAUGCAACAUUGUGUACUUUUGUUAAAAAAUGAACAGAACAAUUUGACUGAAAAGGUGAGAGUAAACAGUACAAUACAUUUUUUUACAUUUAAUAAACAUUUUAUGUGUAUACAUAAUACAAUUACAAAUACGGCACCGAUCACGGCUUAAGGUCUUCAGCUUUAAUCGCAUAAUUACACAGUAUUCCGGACAUCCGUGUUGCUGAAUCUUUUGCAAUUUGUUCAUUUAAUAAUGGAGACGUCAAAGAAGAAAGAUGUAGGUGGGAAGCGGCGUAUUGCAGCUGCCUUUGGCAACACAAACACAGCCGGUGUUUCCUUGUUUACAUUCCCGAAGGUGAAGCUUUACUAUGGAACAGAGCGGUCAAGCGAACAUGUCAACCGGCAGGUUUAGGUGAUAAAAUUGUGGUAAUGGGUCGGCUCUUACCGUAGACAUGAGGGGAGCUUGCGUCCUCCUGCAGCUGCGGACUCUCUUACCUCCUCCCACCGGAGACACUGGCGGUUAUCACACCCCUCCGACUUUCAGGUACCAUAUAAUCUCACUAAAACACUAGUAACACGUUUGUUCUGUAAAAAUGUUUUUUUUGUGCCUUUAUGGUUUUUAAGUUAUUCUUUAAUAAAUCACCCCAAACUGAAACCAGACUUUUGUGCUGCAAACAUUUACCAACCGGCAUAGCUCGGUUGGUAGAGCGGCCGUGCCGGCAACUUGAGGGUUGCGGGUUCGAUUCCCGCUUCCGCCAUCCUAGUCACUGCCGUUGUGUUCUUGGGCAAGACACUUUACCCACCUGCUCCCGGUGCCACCCACGCUGGUUUAAAUGUGACUUAGAUAUUGGGUUUCACUAUGUAAAGCGCUUUGAGUCACUAGAGAAAAGCGCUAUACAAAUAUAAUUCACUUCACUUCACUACAAUUUUAGACUUAUUCAUAAUACUGUUUUAUGUAUGUUUUUGUAAUAUUGAAGUAUUACAUGUUUGUAUUUGUAAUUGUUAAUAAUCCCUUAGAUUAUCACCUUUAUAUGAUAUACAUAUGUACUGCUUCACAUCUGAAACACUUCAGGAAGCAUAUUAUUUACUUUAUACAUCAUUUGAACAGUUGUCUUUUAUACAAUUUUAAAAUGUGACUUUAUGAAUCAUUUGUUGGGUCUCUAUUCAUCCAUUUUAUUAAUUAUUUGUAUUACUCUCUUUUGUAAUAUGAUGAUUGUGUUGUGAUUAUUUUAUAUGUAUGUACCCAGAACUUUAUGCAAUAUAAAUAUUAAAUGAAAUGUCCGAA